AUGCACAUGGUGGUUCUCGUCUACAAUUCUCUGGGAUGGCCAAGAGAGGAUGUUAUAAGAGUUCCUGUUAUCGAUGAACAUGUCAUUGUAAAGGACUCUGAAGAUAAAGAAAUCGAAUCUCAGCUUGUCCCUAUACUUAACGCCUCUGUGAGCUUAAGGGACUUUUAUGCCACUGCAUAUUUGGGGAAACCUCCAAGCGUGACCCCAAAAUAUUGGCUUGCAUUUUCAGCAUCUACACCACCUCUUGGUUUCAACACCUAUGUUAUCUCAAAUGCCAAAAGGGCAGCUGCUAAUUUGAAGAGCCGUGUAGCUUACAAGGCAGAAAUAUGUGGAAACGAUAUAAUUGAAGUAGGACCUGGAAACUUGAAGCUUCUGUUUUCUGCAAAGGAAAGAAAACUCAUUCAAUAUGUUAACAGCAGAACUAUGGUUAAAGAGUCCCUGGAGCAAUAUUAUACCUAUUAUUCUGGUAAUGAUGGAAGUUUUGAUCUCCAGGCAUCUGGAGCAUAUAUUUUUCGGCCAAAUCUAACAUAUUCCAUAAACUCUGAGGUAUGCAGCCACUUCUGUAUCUCUCAGCUAAAAUUUUCAUACUACAUGUUCAUGUUAACGAAAAGCUAUUCUUAUUUUCAGGUCGGGCCUAUACCAAUUGAUGAUGGACUUGGAAAGGAAGUUGUGACUCAGAUUAAAACUAACAUCCAAAGCAACAAAACAUUCUUCACAGAUUCGAAUGGGCGAGAUUUUAUUGAAAGAAUUCGCAACUAUCGAAAAGACUGGAACUUGGAAGUGAAUGAACCUGUUGCUGGAAAUUAUUAUCCUAUAAACCAUGGAAUUUACUUGAAAGAUGACAGGACAGAGCUCUCAGUUUUAGUAGACCGUUCUAUGGGCGGAUCCAGUAUUGUGGAUGGCCAACUGGAACUUAUGCUUCACAGGAGGUUGCUUCAUGAUGAUUCUCGAGGUGUUGCAGAGGCAUUGAACGAAACAGUCUGUGUUUCUACUAAAUGUGCAGGAUUAACUAUCCUUGGGAAAUACUACCUCAGGGUUGAUCGUUUGGGAGAGGGAUCCAAAUGGCGUCGUUCCUUUGGUCAGCAGAUAUAUUCUCCUUUUCUCUUGGCAUUCACAGAACAGAAUAGAGAUAGCUGGAAAAAUUCUCGUGUACUGAAGUUUUCCGGGAUGGAUCCUUCCUAUGUUUUACCUGAUAAUGUCGCGAUGAUAACCCUCCAGGAGCUGGAUGAUGGAAAAAUUCUGCUUCGGUUGGCUCAUUUAUACGAGAUCGGAGAAGACAAGGAUCUAUCCGUUAUGGCUCGUGUAGAAUUGAAGAAAAUAUUUCCGAAUAAAAAGAUAAGAAAAAUAGUGGAGACAAGUUUGUCAGCUAACCAAGAAAGAGCAGAAAUGGAGAAGAAGAGGUUGGUGUGGCAAGUAGAAGGGUCCUUGGGAGAGGAACCAAAGGUGGUGAGAGGAGGAGCUGUUGACCCUGCAAACCUAGUGGUUGAACUUGCUCCAAUGGAAAUUCGCACUUUUGUCAUUGAAAUAUAAGAAAUGCUCUCUAGAUUUUACGAGAGCAUAACUCUUUGGAUUUGGUUUUCUCCUUGUGAAUACUCUUCCAUUAUUUAUUUUGACAAAUUCGGAAUUUGGAAUUUGAUUUUUUAAUAUUUUUAUGAGAAUAUGAAUUUGAAUUAAAUUGAUGUUCUUAUUUUUUUUUA